AUUCUGUUAUCAUAUUCAAUCGCGCAGUUCAAUUAAUUUUUUACCCAAAAAAAUCACGUUUUAGCAUAAAAUUGACGGAUCGUGACUUCAACUGAUUCUAACUUCGUCAAAAUAGCGUCAUUCGAUAGAGGGCGUUAUCAAUGUAUAUAGAAAAUUAGACUGAUCGCGAGAUGUCGAAGGAGACCCGAUAAAAAGUUAAAAUUCGAAUAAUUUUUUUUAUCACAAUAAUAGCAUCUGACGCACACGUUGAACCUGACGUCGCUCACUUCGAAGACGACGUCAUGUUGCGUCGCCGUUACAUAUUUGACGCCAGACAUUCGGGCGCCGACGAGUUGGCGUAGUUUUGAAAAUAACAACGAUAUUUUGUUUGAUUGAUAAAUAUCGACUAAAAUAUACGCAUCAACAAUUUUCUGUGGAUCGUAAAUUCAUGGCGUUAAAUGCUGGAAAUGUAAUUCAAAUAAAUUUAUUAAAAAUGGCAAUUAACGAAAAGCAUAUUCAUUCGAUUUGACGAUUUCAAAAUGGCAACAUGGUUCAAAAUAGAAAAAUUGUAAGCAAUCGAGAAAUAUUGCGUAAAUAUAAAAAUAUAUAACCAGCGAUAAAUAACAGCAAUCAUUGUUGCAAGUGAGUUCCGUUUCGUGAAUUUAAGAAAAGUAAUUUUAAUGAAGUUGCCAAUUGCCAAAUCGGUGUUUUGUCGUGAUUUAUGCACAUAGGUCAAUUCAAUAAAGAAUCCGGUCAUGUGCAUGCUCAAUAAAAUACAUGGUGUGGAGUGUAAAAAUCGCCAUCAAAACAUUAUCGGCUAUAACAAAAUCGACUAUGAUCGGUGAAUAUUCGGAUCUAAAAUUACGAUAAGAGAAAAUAAAACGAGACAUUUUAGUAUAAAAACAACUUGAAAGUGUAGCGCCGUAAAUCCUACGAUCGACAUUAUCAUCGUCAUUCGCGACGUGGAUUGAACAUCUGGCAUUUACGCAACGACGUAAAGCGUGUUUUGUCUUCACGCACGCACUUUUCGCUCUAGUUGCGGUGACGCAGGGAGGGGAUACACCCAUCCGAAGUUAGAUAUUUAUUUAAUUCGUUAAAGAUCACAGAAAAUGAGACAAUUAAGCCAGAAAAAAUAAUCCGAUCGUCGAGAAAAUUAUAUGCAGAUGCAGAGAAUUACAUCAAUGUAAUAUAUUUCAGUUUGACGCGAAUUGGACAAAAAACGGCAGAGUUAUUGAUUAAAAUAUAGUGAAAUCAUCCGAAGUUAGCUGCUUUUACGGUACCGGUACGCGUUCUGGUUUUUUGCAAUGUAGAACGCUAGAGAAGAUAACUCUGAUUUUUACUUGUAUUCCAUAUAAUAAUCUGAGAUUGUCUCUGUCAUGGCUUGGCGCUGUGUCGCAUCGUGCUUGGAUACGGUACCUUGUGUCUGUGUAUGAUUUUGCAGGUUCGAACCAUCAAGUCCAUGCGUCCAUGAAAUAAAUAACUGGCUAUCGUUACCACAAUGUGAAACCGGAUAAAUUCGGAAGGUUUCACUACCGCGGUAACAAGACAAGUGGCUUUGGUGAUUAAGAGACUGAAUUUAUUGCUGUAUUGUCUUUCCCCUCGGAUGAAUAUGUGAAAUCCUUGAUGUACGAACUGACUUUUGUUCAUGUCCAUGGCAGAGGUGAAAAUGAGUAACACCAUAAUAUGAUGACAUUGAUGAGGGCUUUAUUGACUUGAAUUUAUCAAGUUUACAAACUAACAUUGGAGAAUGGAGAUGAACGAUUUUUUCUGCCAGCAAUGUGGAAAGAACUUCAAAUUAAAAUGGAAUUUAAAAGAGCAUAUGAGAACUGAUACCGAAGAAAUACCUUAUACUUGUGAGCAAUGCGAAAAGGAUUCCUCGCGAUUAUUUCAAUCACAAAAGCAUGAUCGAACUGAUACCCGACAAAAGCCUUAUAUUUGUAAACGAUGUGGGAAGAGUUUUUCACAAUCAUCUGAUUUACGAGUACAUGAGCGAACUCAUACGGGAGAAAAACCGUAUAUUUGUAAACAAUGUGAGAAGCGUUUUUCAGGAUUAUCUAAUUUACGAGUACAUGAGCGAACUCAUACUGGAGAAAAACCAUAUGUUUGUAAACAAUGUGGAAAGAAAUUUUCACAAUCAUAUAAUCUAAAAUCGCAUGAGCUAACUCAUACAGGAGAGAAACCAUACGUAUGUGAACAAUGUGGGAAGGGAUUUUCACAAUUAUCUCAUCUAAAAUCGCAUGCGCGUACUCAUACUGGAGAGAAACCAUACGUAUGUGAACAAUGUGGGAAGGGAUUUUCACGAUUAUCUCAUCUAAAAUCGCAUGCGCGUACUCAUACUGGAGAGAAACCAUACGUAUGUGAACAAUGUGGGAAGGGAUUUUCACGAUUAUCUCAUCUAAAAUCGCAUGCGCGUACUCAUACUGGAGAGAAACCGUGCGUUUGUAAACAUUGCGGGAAGGGCUUUUCACAAUCCUCUUAUCUAAAAGUGCAUGAGUCAACUCAUACAGAAGAAAAACCGUACGUUUGUGAACAAUGUGGAAAAUGUUUUUCACAAUCCUCUUAUCUAAAAGUGCAUAACUCAAUUCAUACGGAAGAAAAACCAUACAGUUGUAAACAAUGUGGGAAGAGAUUUUCACGAUUAUGUCAUCUGAAAGUACAUAAGAUAACUCAUACAGGAGAAAAACCUUUUGCUUGUGAACAAUGUGGAAAAUAUUUCCCAUCAAAAUCAAAUUUACAAAGACAUCUGCUAAUCCAUACAGGCAAGAAGUCUUGUUUGUAAACAUGGAAAGUGUUUUUGACAUUUACACACUUCGCAGAGCUUACCCAGGAGGAAAACCCUUCUACUUGGCAACAACGUGAAAUAGUGAUUUGAACCCACAAUAGGAAAGAUCUUGGGAUAUAAAACAACAAUCCUGCCUUCAACCGUUCUUCUGAAAUACUAUCAGUCGCGGGAGAACGAGAUUCUUCACAUUCAUAAGAUUGAACCGGAACAGCAAAGUGGAUGCACCCACCAGAAUUUAAUCAAACAAGAACAUUCAAGUAUCCAGUGUAUAAAUUGCCUCAUCUCAAGUUUCAGCAUCUUCCCUGCAAUCCCGUAUUGUAUACGCCCAUAUUUAAAUUUAUCCAUCUAUUCCAACUCCAUAAUCAGCAUAUCAGAAUUGAUAAAACUGAUUACAAAAUCAGGAGAAACUAUCGAAACCUUGGACAAGGUUUUUCUAAGAAUAAAUGGUAUGUUUCAUACUGCUUUCGGUAGAUUAUGAACUAAUAUGAUAGUGCUAUUGUUGUCAGAUUAUUUGAAGGCCGAAUUCUUUAUCAUCGCAAUGUAACCAAUUCAAAAUAAGAUGGCAUCUAACUUUGUAGAACUCGUUCAAUCAAAAUGAUUCAUUUUACUUCUCGUUCAGCUUGAAAAGGCUUAGUUUUUUUGCAUAUUUUCAUCCUUGAUAUUUGGCUUACAAAUAAUAUCAAAAAAAUUACGGGAAGGAAAAAUUUUGCUCUAUUAACAUUAUC